AUGGCAGAAGGAACGCUCAAGAAGGAAUCAGACAGGAUACACAAAUGGGUAAUGGAAACUCUAAUCCAGGUAGGUGAGAUGGACGAUGUCAAUGAAGCGAGUAUAGUGGAUGAUAUUGCCCUGAACGAUUAUACAACUCUCAUGAAAAGAUUGGAGGAGUUUCGGAUUUUACAAUAUUGUAUACCUGAGGAACGGCAAGGCGAUUUCCAACGGAUCUACUGCCGCCUCAAAAAGUACUCCAGCCGUGGCCAGUACAUAGACCGGGUCCGGGUUCUCCUGGCAUACUGGCUCCACCACUGUUUGUCCUCUCAUUUGGAUCAGUGCUCCGAUAAUUCUUUCGACAUGUGUUUGCCGAAGCGCCUCAUAGAUCUCUCCCAAUAUGGACGUAAUAGCCGCACGGUGAAGAUCACUGUUGACCCUGAUAUUAACACGGUGUACUGUGCUCUCAGCUAUCGGUGGCCAAGGAAGCAUCCAAUAGUUCUCAGACGGAACAAUCUAAAGGAGCUCUGUGAGGGUGUAUCCGCCGAUAGACUUGAUCAUUCUAUUCAAGAUGCCUGCGAGAUAGUCCACGCUCUAGGAAUCCAGUAUUUGUGGGUUGACGCACUAUGUAUUAUUCAACCUACUGGUAAUGACGAGGCCGAUUGGUGUGACCAGGCCCCCCGAAUGGCGUCUAUAUACGGUCGGGCCUUGUUUACAAUCGCGCUGACCGACGGUACCCGUCUGUCGAAGGCCGCUAAGGACCGUCCAUUUCUAUACGAGAUGAACUCUUCCGUCCCAAUGCGGGAAUACUCAAAUGCGGAAACAAGAUUUAAGUGGCUCAUGGAAAGUGGGAAUGAUGACUGUAGACCCGCUGGGGAGCUUGACUUUCGCGGUUGGACUUUCCAGGAAAAUUUUCUCUCGCGCCGCAUCAUUAGCCUUACAAAGAGUGGUAUAUAUUGGGAUUGCCUCUGUGAAAGUGCGUCAGCGAGAAGGCCAGUGGGCGUGAUGGGGGGAGUGACACCUGACAAACUCCGUGAUAUUGAUAAUCGGAGGGUGAGGAGAUUAGCCCUGACUGCCACACAUGGCAUAACGGACCCCGCUGCCUACCAAUUGUGGAGGAGUGUUGUUGAGGAAUAUACGUGGAGAAAGUUCACCAGAGGGUCCGAUCGGAUCAUCGCGCUGAGUGGUUUUAUCGACCGGAUUGAAGCUGCUCUUCGCGAUAGAUAUGAUUUAGGCAUAUGGCACAAUGACAAAUUGCGAUGUCUCGCUUGGUCAACACGGUGGCCAGAGCUUGGGCGACAGGAUGAUACAGAGACGCCUUCAUGGUCAUGGAAACAGAUCAGCGUUCCAAUUGACUAUCGGCUACGCCCCGGGCACUUGACACAUAAGAUAGAGACCAAAGCGAAGGUCGAACGUGUAGAGACAAAACGUCUUGCAUAUAACCAAUUUACUGGGCGCCUUACGAUCACCGGCGCUGUGCUCCACAUACAGAUCAAAGGCGACCAAAUCCGCCCACCAAUAUACGUACAAAAUACUAUGGCUGUAUGGGAUUUCAAACCUGAUAGACGUCCUAUCGAAAAUGGAAGUUAUAAAACAUUGCUGCUCAUGCGUUAUGAUACCGAAGCGCCGGAUGUUGGACAUGCCCUUAUUCUCGAGCCAACCGGGAGAGCGCAGGAAUAUCAGCGGAUCGGCAUGUUCUCGUUUGGAGAGUGGAUGACAUGCUUAGACAAUGCGCGGACAUGCAAGGUACACCGUACCACCAAGGAGAUACAAUGUCUGGGUCGUAUUGAAACAAUUCACAUUGUAUAG